AUGACGAAGUUGAAGGACCACUUUGCUGCUGGAUCCAGUCUCUCACCAGAUGGUGCAGCUGGGCUGCUGCCUGUACAUGGCCACCGACAAAGCCUGAGGGAUUGGGAAUCAUCAGAGUGCCAGUCAAGGUUGCACGAGGCAGAAAAGGAACUGAAAAGUCAAAUGGCGGAAGCUCGUCUGUCACUGCCGUCAGAGUUGAGAGCGGGUGAUUCAUCAGGGUGGUCCAGGGCCAUGCUGAAUGACGGUUGCCAGUUCCUGGGAGGCAUUGGUAUAGCCAUGCUCAAGUCUUCUGCUGGUGACUCCAGCGCUGGCAUCUCAUCGUCAGCCUCAUCCAAAGAGGCUGCUACAUAUGCACUGGUGUCUAUGUGUGCAGCUGCGAGCUUGUAUGAUCUUGCUGCCACUUGCGAAGGGGGGUAUCUCAGGAUGUUGCCAAUGUUGGGCAAGGAGGGCCACCCAUGA